AUGAACUAUGCCCAUUAUGUACCCAAAGACGACAAAACCAUUAAGAAGUUCAUCAUUCCAAACACUGUAGAGGCCACUGCCGUAAGAGACAUGUCCAAAGCAAGUGUCUUCGAUGCUCAUGUGCUCCCCAAACAUUAUGUCAGGCUGCAUUACUGUGUGAGCUGUGCUAGUCACAGCAAGGUAGUCAGGAAUCGAUCUCGUGAAGCUUGGAAGGACCGAACACCCCCACCAUGA